UCAGGUGUUUUCUGCUGCCACUUUUGUUUAAGACAACGUUCUAAAUAAUUAAGUUAUAGUAACUUGUUAAGUGUAUCUAGAAAACCAACUUUAAAAGUUAAAUAAAGUUAUGGCACAGCUACCCGUAACCUACAAUGAGCAGGAAAAUAUAUGGAGUGGGCUUCCAGUAGCCUACAGCCCUAGAGAUGUUCCCUCUUUAGGUGCCAUCAUAUUCAACAAUAUGAGGAAGUGUGGCGACAACAUAUGCCAAAUAUGGGAUGACAACGGCGAAACAGUGACCUUUGAUCAGUCGCUUACUUGGGCCAUUCGGUUAGCUGAGUUCUUCAAGAAACGUGGCCUAGGUCACAAGGAUGUCAUAGGUAUAUCAGGAAACUCAAAAUAUUUGCUGUCUUUAGGUGUGGCCUGUCUGAUGAAUGGAACACCAUUCCACUCACUUAGUCUAGUGCUGGAUGCAGUCACCCAAAAACAUAUAUUUUCGCUAACCAAGCCUUCAUUAGUAUUCUGCGAUGGAAAAAUAUACGAAAAAAUACACAAGGCUACGUUGAAAUGGCAACCGGAGAUAUAUAUUCUCACCGAUAUUGUUGCAGGAGUACCUAACAUAGAAAUCCUGCUGGAUCCUUCCCCUACUGAAAGGUUUUACGAACCGGAACCCUUGAAGGAGGGCGGUGAUCAAACCGUGGCCAUACUCUGCUCUUCGGGCACAACUGGUCUGCCCAAGGCUGUCUGCAUCUCUAACAGAAGCCUUCUACCAACACCGUCAGCCUUGUUGAACAGCGAAUCCGUUGGCUUUUCCUACGCCGCUCUCGACUGGAUCUCGGGAGUUGCGAGCUUUAUAUCCCACACAGCCUUUGGAUUCACGCGCAUCUUGAGCAGAACUCUAGUAACUCCUGAGUAUCUUGUGCAGCUUAUGAAAAGAUACAAGAUUAGUGCCAUUGUUUUCGCACCACGUCACAUAUCUGCCCUGAUUAACUGUCCGUCGGCCAACUCAGAGUCGUUGGCCUCUCUGCGCAGCGUGUUCUGCAGCGGUGGCAUUAUUUCUGAGUCCUCCCUUCAGCGAUGCCAGAAGCUAUGUAAAAAUGCCACGAUAAGUCAGAUCUAUGCCUUGACAGAAUCCGGUAAUAUAUCAAUGGCUCUUGGUAUUGACAAUGGCAACACGGUAGGCAGGCCACUGCCAGGUGUCCGAAUUCGCAUUGUAAGCGAGAACGGUGAGAACCUGAGGCACAACCAGGUGGGAGAGAUAUAUGCGCACACGGAGCUGGUCUGGCGAGGAUAUUACGGAAAUCCUGAAGAGUCUGUACACAUUCGUGACUCUGAGGGCUGGUUUCAUACUGGAGACCUAGGCUACUUUGAUGAUCAGAACCUCCUUUACAUAGUUGACCGUUGCAAGGACAUUUGCAAAUACCAAGGGCAGAACUUCUGGCCCGGCGAGAUCGAACAGGUUAUAUUAGAACUCAGCCAAGUGCAAGAUGUUUGCGUGGUUGGCAUCUACGACGAGAAGGUGGGUGAUGAGGCAGGUGCACUUGUUGUAAAGAGAAAGGGAUUUCCUUUGAAGGCAGAGGAGAUUGUGGCUUAUGUGGCCCACCGAUUGCCCAUAUACAAACAACUCCAUGCCGGAGUGCAGUUCACCGACCAAAUGCCAGUAAAUCAGAAUGGAAAAACCUUAAGGAAGGCAGCACGCGACAUAUUUAUAGCAAAGAACAAAAUACUAUAGA